AUGGAUGCAUCCGUGGACGAUUUGUUGUCGUUCAAAGAAUUUCCACUAAUGAACGAGGCUAGUGGAAGCCAAAGUGCACAAAUCAACAUAAAUUCACCGCAGCGUACACUCCCCAGUAUCGACGACGAGGAUGAUCAAGAUGGAACGGCGAAAGGAAACAACUCGGCGAAGGGUGGUUCGAUUUUUAGUUUUGAGUACUACCAACGUUUUUUCGACGUAGAUACUAUGAUUGUGGUAGAUCGCAUUGCCACCUCGAUGAUUCCCAAGCGCGCACCCGUCAACUACCUGAAGCUCAACAUUGCCACGAAUCCGGAUCUUUAUGGACCGGUCUGGAUCGUGUUAACUUUGAUUUUCACAAUUGCCAUUUCGGGCAACAUGGCAAGCUAUCUACAAAACACGGGUAACCAUCACUGGCGUUACAACUUCCACUUGGUUUCGUACUCAGCCACUGCGAUUAUAAUGUACACCCUGCUGGUUCCCUCCGCUCUCUGGGCAUUCCUGAAGUGGAGCGUACGAUCUGGUGAAUUAGACAUAGAAGAAGACGAGGAACUUGGCUCUCCGAGUUUACUAUCACUGGUCUGCAUUUACGGUUACUCGCUAGCGAUCUACAUUCCCGUGUCUGUUCUUUGGACCAUUCAGGUUUCUCUGUUCCAAUGGUUACUGGUCAUCACUGGAGCAUUCUUGUCCGGAUUUGCCCUGCUGACGAUUCUGAUGCCGGCUGUGAAAAAAUCAAAGUACUCGCUCUUCAUUGUGCUGGCCAUCGAGCUGGCUCAUUUUGCUCUGGCGGCAGGUUUUAUGCUUUACUUUUUCCACGCACCUGAUGUGGACACCCCUGUGGAAACACCGUUGCACAAAGCCGUCACCAGUGUGGUGGUCAACACGACCAUGCAAAGCAAAAAUGCAUAA